ACGCGCACUGGCGCGGGGCGUGCAUCGUGACGGGCUUCCCUGGGGGACGCCGACACCGGCGAGCCGGGGUUUCAGGUUCAGUGGCGUCCGCUCGGACUCCUCGCCGGCCUGGUCUCGGCGGAGCAGCCCUCCCGCCAAGGAAGGUGAGGAAACAGGCUCAGGGAUGUGGACUUUAGCACGGACACAGCCGGGAUUCCACAUUGGGCAGUCUGACCCCAGAGCCCUCCUACCGCUCGCGGGACCAAGGACCAUGGCUGACAAAACAGAGGAGGCUGGUGGCAUCCACUUCCCUUUUCCCUUCACACCCUAUGCCAUCCAGAAAGACUUCAUGGCAGCGCUGUACCAGGUGUUGGAGGCUGGCAAGAUCGGGAUAUUUGAGAGUCCAACCGGCACCGGAAAAUCCUUAAGUCUCAUUUGCGGGGCGCUCUCCUGGCUCCGCGACUUUGAACAGAAGAAACGGGAAGAGGAGGAGCGUCUCCUUGAGGCCGGAGCCGACCCCUUAAACGAUGGGAAGGACCAGGUCCCGUGUCCCCCACCCUCCUGCCGCGAGAGCCCAGGCUCCCCGAGGGCCACUGGAGAGCCCGACUGGGUCACUCAGUUUGUGCAGAAGAAAGAAGAAAGGGACCUGGUGGACCGACUAAAGGAGGAGCAGGUCAGGAGGAAGAAGCGAGAGGAGCGCCUGCAGCAGAUCCGGCACAACGCGCCACUCAAGUUCGCAGCCAAGCGCAUGAGACAGGAAGAUGAAGAAACUGAGCGUCUCCUCCGCCUGAGUAGGGAGAUGCUGGCAGCAGGCACGGGGCCGGAGCAGCUGGCCUGGGGGGAGGAGGAGCUGGUCCUCGCCGAGUACGAGAGCGACAAGGAGAAAGGCUCGACCAGCGGAGUAGACGCGGAUGAGGAUGACCUGGAGGAAGAACAUGUAACUAAGAUUUACUACUGCAGUCGGACGCACUCGCAGCUGGCGCAGUUCGUGCACGAGGUGCAGAAGAGCCCCUUUGGCAAGGACACUCGGCUCGUCUCUCUGGGCUCUCGGCAGAAUCUUUGUGUCAAUGAAGAUGUGAGAAAGCUGGGUUCUGUGCAGCUCAUCAAUGACCGCUGUGUGGAGCUGCAGAGAAGCAAACACGAGAAGAAGAGCGUCGUCGAGGAGGAGAAGCCCGGGCGGCGGAGGAGGCUGGAGGCGCGGGCCACCUGCCCCUUCUACAGCCAUAAGCAGCUGCAGCUCCUCCGGGACGAGGUCCUGGUGGAGAUGAAGGACAUCGAGCAGCUGGUGGCCCUGGGGAAGGAGGCUCGGGCCUGUCCCUAUUACGGGAGCCGGUUCGCCAUUCCAGCAGCCCAGCUGGUGGUGCUGCCCUACCAGAUGCUGCUGCACGCGGCCGCCCGGCAGGCGGCGGGGAUCCGGCUGCAGGGCCAGGUGGUGGUCAUCGACGAGGCCCACAACCUGAUCGACACCAUCACCGGCAUCCACAGCGUGGAGGUCAGCGGUUCCCAGCUCUGCCAGGCCCACUCCCAGCUGCUCCAGUACACGGAACGAUACGGGAAGCGCUUGAAGGCCAAGAACCUGAUGUACAUCAAGCAGAUCCUGUAUCUGCUGGAGAAGUUCGUGACCGUGCUGGGCGGGAACAUUAAGCAAAACCCCAAUACCCAGAGCCUCUCUCAGGCAGGGACGGAGCUGAAGACCAUCAGCGACUUCCUCUUUCAGAGCCAGAUCGACAACAUCAACCUGUUCAAGGUGCAGCGCUACUGUGAAAAGAGCAUGGUCAGCAGAAAGCUCCUCGGCUUCACAGAGAGGUACGGGGCAGUCCUGGCGCCCUCCAGGGAGCAGCCCAAGCUGUCCGGGUUCCAGCACUUCUUGCAGAGCCUGCAGCCGGGGGUGACUGCGGCUCCUGCAGCCCCUGCGGAGGAGGGGGAGGACAGGGCGCCGCGGCCCACUUCCCCACUGAUGCACAUCGAAGGCUUCCUCGCGGCUCUCACCACUGCCAACCAGGAUGGCAGGGUCAUCCUGAGCCGUCAAGGCAGCCUCAGUCAGAGCAGCCUCAAAUUCCUGCUCCUGAAUCCAGCCGUGCACUUUGCCCAGGUGGUAAAGGAAUGCCGGGCGGUGGUCCUUGCAGGGGGCACCAUGCAACCGGUGUCCGACUUGCGCGAGCAGCUGCUGGCGUGUGCCGGGGUGCAAGCUGAGCGCGUGGUGGAGUUCUCCUGUGGUCACGUGAUCCCUGCAGACAACAUCCUGCCCCUUGUCAUCUGCAGCGGGCCCUCCAACCAGCAGCUGGAGUUCACAUACCAGAAGAGAGAGCUGCCUCAGAUGAUGGAUGAGACGGGUCGCAUCCUCUGUAACCUGUGCAGCGUGGUGCCGGGAGGGGUGGUCUGUUUCUUCCCCUCCUAUGAGUACCAACGCCAGGUCCAUGCCCACUGGGACAAGAGUGGCCUGCUGGCCCGCCUGGCUGUCAGGAAAAAGAUAUUUCAGGAGCCCAAGAGAGUGAACCAGGUGGAGCAGGUGUUGCUCGAGUAUUCCAGGUGCAUUAAGCACUGUGGCCAGGCAGGGGGCACGGUGACAGGGGCCCUGAUGCUCUCUGUGGUCGGAGGAAAGAUGAGUGAAGGCAUCAACUUCUCUGACAACCUUGGCCGGUGUGUGGUCAUGGUGGGCAUGCCCUUCCCCAGCGUCAGGUCUGCAGAGCUGCAGGAGAAGAUGGCUUACCUGGACCAGACCCUCCCCCGAGCCCCGGGCCAGGUGCCCCCUGGGAAGGCGUUGGUGGAGAACCUGUGUAUGAAGGCUGUCAACCAGUCCAUAGGCAGGGCCAUCAGGCACCAGAAGGAUUUUGCCAGCAUCGUGCUCCUGGACCAGCGGUAUGCCCGCCCUCCUAUCCUGGCAAAGCUGCCGGCCUGGAUCCGAGACCGCGUGCAGGUCAAAGCCACCUUUGGCCCCGCCUUUGCUGCUCUGCGGAAGUUUCAUCGAGAGAAGUCUGGCUCUUCCUGACAGAUGACUGCACCACGGCCUGGUCACCAGGCCCUCCUUUCGCCCUGCCCACUAGAAAUGUUGUCUUGGGCUGGUCUGCAGCGAUCCUGCCUAAGAAGGUGAAACCCAGGUGGCGAGCGUGGUAGCCCCCUUUUGGAAUCAGUGGGCUGCCGGGACCUAGGAAUAGGUGGAGAAGCCAGCAGGAGAAAAUGAGGCUGAUCCUGAAGGAACAGUGCCCCGCCAUUCCUGGGCCCGUCCCAGGGCAGCUGCCCUCCCUGGAAUUGAGCCUGUCUUCCACUCAGCACAGCCCGGAGUCCAGCUCCCUGACCUGAUUCCCGGCCGGCCUUUGUGAGCGGCUGUGGAGGCCGCAGCAUCUCCGCCCUUGCUUGCUUCUCAGUAUCCACGUUCUUAGAGGUGAGGUGGGGCAGGCCCUCCCUCCCUCUCCUUUCUCACUAAAAGUAGCUGUUCUAGGCCUUUCACCCUCUCUCGGGAACUAAGAGCACCCCCCGGGGCUUCUGCUCACCCUAACCACCGUCUCGCUCUGAGUUGCUAAGAACUGUUCCCCGCUCCCACCCGCUGGCCGCACUUCUUCCCGCAGGCCCGUCCCUAAGCGGCUCCUGGCCCUGCAGCGGGAUCAGCUUCCUGGCUCGGCUCCAGGUCCUCCCAGGCAGGGGCCCCUCCCUCCCUCUCCAGCACCACCGGAGGAGCCCACGCCAAGCCUCCUCUUCCCCUGACAUCAGCAAUUACGCCGAGGGCUAUCAGGCUCUCAGCGAGGCUAUUUUUAGCGACCCCGUCUGUCACUGAGACAUGUUUUCCUGUGUGGAAAUGUCCCUCCCUCUGCUGGCCCCUGCUGACCGCACCUCUCCCUGACCCCGCCGCCUGAGACCCGGCCUGGAGGGACAUAAUCUGCGUUUUGUGCCGCUGUGGUCUCUUAAUUAAAAGGGCGCUGUUGGUUUA